AUGGAGCAUGGACGUGUACAGAACACGUUUGCCAACAGGACUGCGUCCUUUCGAGCUGGGAGCCAGUUGGCAUCUGCAACGCUUCGUGCGGUCAGGGUUUACAGCUAUUCCAACGUCAUAUUAUUCAAAGAGCAGGAGCUAGAGGAAUUGCUUGUCCAGGUUAGCGCUUCAUCACCUCUACACGAAGAAACAUCUAUUUGCCCAUUUUAUUUCUUUCAUGAUACGCCCAAAUAUUGCACUUACGUUUCUACAAAGGACAGCUAA